UGGACUUUGAUUCAUAACAGAAGAAAGAUUUCCUGAAAACAGCAGUUGUCUCUUGCCCCGGACAAACUGUUGUUCUUCGUUCGAUCUCUGUCCCCUCAAAGAACUUCCACACAAACCCCAUUAAUCGCGCAUUGUAUAAUAAUAAUACUCCACGAGGACGACUAAUUAGAUGGGUGGUGGCAGCACCCGGCUAUUACUUUUCUAACCUCCCGAGAUCUCUUUUCAGUUUGUGCGGUGGCGGUGGCUUCUCGGUGAUACCAUCCGGAGACAGGCGAGACGGACUUGCCGUGAGGCCCCAACCGCGUGAUCAGUUGGUUUAUUUUUUUGCAUGAUCGGUUGAUGAAUCAUGGCCACGAACGAGACGAAAGUAUGCCCCGCGGCGAUGAAGGCGACCUCGAACGGGUCAUUCCAGGGAGACAGCCCCCUCGACUAUGCCCUCCCUCUCGUCAUCCUCCAGAUAUGCCUGGUGGUCGUUUUCACGAGGUCGCUUGCCUUCCUCCUCCGGCCCCUCAGGCAGCCCCGAGUGAUCGCGGAGAUCAUUGGAGGAAUUCUUUUAGGGCCAUCAGCGUUAGGGAGGAGUGAGAAGUUCCUGCACACGGUGUUUCCAUCAAGGAGCAUGACCGUCCUGGACACCAUAGCCAACAUAGGGCUGCUCUUCUUCCUGUUCCUAGUGGGCCUCGAGCUUGACAUUCGGGCCAUCCGUCGGACCGGGAAGAAGGCCCUCGGUAUAGCACUCGCAGGGAUAAGCCUCCCCUUUAUCCUCGGAAUUGGGACCUCGGUGGUCCUGCGGUCCACUAUCUCCAAGGGGGUCAGCCAGGGUCCCUUCCUCGUCUUCAUGGGCGUGGCCCUGUCCAUCACUGCGUUCCCCGUCCUCGCACGUAUCCUGGCUGAGCUCAAGCUCCUCACCACCGACGUGGGCCGCAUCGCCAUGUCGGCGGCGGCGGUCAACGAUGUGGCUGCAUGGAUCCUGUUGGCCCUGGCCAUCGCCCUGUCUGGCUCCAACACCUCCCCACUCGUCUCUCUUUGGGUCCUCCUCUGCGGGGCCGGGUUCGUUAUCUUUGCCGUCGUGGUCCUCAAGCCUGCCCUGGCCCUCAUGGCCAGGCGAUCUCCUGAAGGUGAGCCGGUCAAAGAGCUCUACAUCUGCAUCACCCUCUCCCUUGUGCUCGCCUGCGGGUUUGUGACCGACACCAUCGGCAUCCACGCCCUCUUCGGAGCAUUCGUGGUUGGGAUUAUCGUCCCAAAGGACGGGCCAUUUGCAGGGGUCCUCAUCGAGAAGAUUGAGGACAUCGUCUCAGGCCUCUUUCUCCCGCUCUACUUCGUGUCCAGUGGGCUCAAAACCAACGUCGCCACCAUCAGCGGGGCCCAGUCCUGGGGACUUCUCGUGCUCGUGAUCUUCACCGCCUGUUUCGGGAAGAUUGUAGGGACGUUAUUGGUUUCUCUGCUCUGCAAAGUGCCCUUCAAGGAGUCACUUGCCCUGGGGUUCCUGAUGAACACCAAGGGGCUUGUGGAGCUCAUUGUCCUCAACAUUGGCAAGGACAGAAAGGUCUUAAAUGACCAGACAUUUGCAGUCCUAGUCCUCAUGGCUCUCGUUACCACCUUCAUCACGACCCCCAUAGUCAUGGCUGUCUAUAAGCCGGCUCGUAGAGGGGCGUCCUACAAGCACAAGACGAUCCAGCGCAAGGACCUUGAAACUGAGCUGCGCAUGCUCUUAGCCUUCCACAGCACCAGGAACAUCCCCACCAUGAUCAACCUGAUUGAAUCAUCCCGUGGGACCCGCAGAAAGGGUCGCCUGUGUGUCUAUGCCAUGCACCUGAUGGAACUGUCGGAGCGGUCCUCAGCUAUCUCCAUGGUCCACAAGGCUCGGCGAAAUGGGCUCCCAUUCUGGAACAAGAUCCGAGAUGAUCAAGAUCAGAUGGUCAUCGCGUUUGAGGCCUACCAACAGCUGAGUGCAGUCACUGUCCGGCCCAUGACCGCCAUCUCCGCCCUGAGCACGAUUCAUGAAGAUAUCUGCACAAGUGCCCACCAGAAGCGGACUGCCAUAAUCCUCCUUCCAUUCCACAAGCACCAGCGGCUUGAUGGGACAAUGGAGUCCUUGGGCCAUGCAUUCCAGUUCGUCAAUCAGCGAGUCCUGCGUUAUGCCCCUUGUUCAGUUGGGAUCAUUGUGGAUCGUGGCCUUGGCGGGACGACCCAGGUCUCCGCCAGCGAUGUCUCAUACGCGAUUGUUGUCCCGUUCUUUGGUGGUAGUGAUGACCGAGAGGCCCUGGCCUAUGGUGUUCGCAUGGCUGAGCACCCGGGAAUAAUGCUCAAUGUCAUGAAGUUCAUUGUCACCUCUGGGACUGGGAUUGUAGCCCAGAGACAGAACAGCAACAAUGACAUUCUCCCAGAUGACAGCCUCAACAACGACGAGGCCAUCUUCUCGGAGCUUGCUUCUAGUAAGAAUGAGUCUAUCGUAUGCGAGGACAGGGUUGUUGGAAGCAAGGACGACAUACUUGCUGCCCUCAAGUCAAUGAGCAAGUGCAACCUCUUCAUAGUUGGGAGGAGCCCCUCAACUGCCCCAGUGCUUGUGGAAAGGGCCCGCAGCGACUGCCCGGAGCUGGGUCCAGUUGGGAGCUACCUGGCCUCGUCAGAUUUCUCCACCACCGCCUCAGUCCUUGUCAUCCAGCAGUACAACCCCGCUGCCAACCUCCACCCACUGGUGGAGGAACGGGACAACGCAGAGGUCUAUGAUGUCCCAGACACACCGGUAGCUUCACAUUCGCCCCACACCCACAACAUGGUUUAAGAAUUCACAUCCAGUGUUGUUAUCUGUAAUAUUACAAGCUUAGAUAGAAUGGAAGAUAAGGCUUUAAGAUUGGAAUAAUGAAGGUGCCCUGUUCCAGGAUGAGGAAUGCUUCGUCGCUAACCCAACACAAGGAGCACUAAUAACCAGUGCAAAGCAGUUUUUAUUCGAAAAGCAUAAAAGCCAAGUCAUAUAGAUUCUAUUGUGUUCGGGUUCAAGAGGAGGAGAAUGAUAGGACUGAGGAGGAGAAAGUGGAGGUGUAAUAGUGUAUGUGGGGAUUGUGCCUUGCUUAAGUUAUAGAACACAUUCAGAAGCUUUCCUACAGAAUUCAAUUUUUCAACUGUAACCAAUAUGUUUAUAGUCAAUCAUUUCGAGCAUGUUUUUACAUGCUUAUGAA